AGAAUCUUUGUUCUAAGAGGUUAAGAUUGGAUGAUUUGGACAGAUUAGAGCGCCAAAUUGUUAUCACGCUUUGUAAGCUUGAAAUGAUUUUUCCUCCAGCAUUCUUUGAUAUUAUGGAGCAUUUACCUAUUCACUUGGCAAGUAAGGCCAAAAUAGCUGGGCCAGUACAAUAUAGGUGGAUGUUCCAAAUUGAAAGUGUAUCAAAUAUCAUGACUAGUAGAACCAAAGGAGUGCGUAAGAAUAAAGGUACAAGUUUGCAAGCUAAUCUAGAGCCAAAGCAAACCCCUGGUGAAGGAAGUCGAGAUGCAAACAUGCAGUCUACUAUGACUAGUAGGAUUAAAGAAAGGCGUAAGACUAUUGUUAAUGCUCCUGUACAGACACAACACAUUGUGAACGACUCACAUAUUAAUAUGGAACCUAUCCAAAUACAAAGUGAUACUAAUCAUCCACCGGAGUUCUCCACUACACAAGAUACGGGGCAAAGUAGCGCUAGUUCAUGCACUAAUAGAAAGAAGGCACGUGGAGAGUCUCGUAACCUAAAACUAUUAAUUGAUUUUCCCAAAGGCGGAGUGCAAGUUGAAUUCAAGAAUGGCAAACCUAUAGGUGAUUCCGCGCAAUAUUUGAUCACUGAGAUGGGUGUAGUCUUGAAAAAUCCAUACAAUGCUCCUCUCAAUGUUAAGUGUUGGAAUGAUAUUGACAACAAAAAAAAAGACAAGAUCUGGAUGAUAUUGAAGGAGAAAUUUAUUUUGUUGGAGAGCAACAAAGAACACGUCAUGGACAUGCUACGUGAUCGUUAUAGACAAAGAAAGUACAAGAUGAAGGCAAAAUAUUAUAAUCCAAAAGCAACUUAUCAACAAAAUAUACGUAAUAAUCCUCCUUCAAUCCCAGAAGAUCAAUGGAAGUGGUUGGUUGAAUACUUUAGUUCUGAAAAGUUUCAGGAAAUGAGUUCAAGAAAUAUGACAAAUAGGUCCUUGCAAACAAUGGCACAUACAACCGGCUCAAAAAGUUAUGAGCGACUGCGUGAAGAUAAGGGCAAAGGGCUAUCCGACAAAGACUUUUUUGAGCUAACUCAUAGAAAGAAAAAUGGUGAUUGGGUUGACACACCUUCAAGACAAAUAAUGGAACAAUAUGAAAAGGAGAUCAAUGAUCGUCAAGCUGAGGAUGCAUCUACUGAUAUUGAUGAAAAUGAGAUAUUUACUGAAAUAGUUGGACAAAAGCGACGUGGACAUAUAAGAGGUAAAUUACGUCGAGCACAAGAAAUUCAAGCGAUGCGAGCACAAAUUGAAGCAGAGGUAGAGGCAAAAUGGGAAGCAAAGAUGAAAGAAAUUACUGAUAAACAACGAGAUAUGGAAAUAAUGAUGACUAAUAUUUUGAAACAUUUGGAUCGUACUACAUCUUCUCAACCGGUUGACAAUGAAAUGCAAUCUAGCACAAUAUAUCAUUCAACGUGAAAACUGGCCAAGAAGCAAUUACAUCCUUGUCAUCUCAUGAUGUGAUUCUUCAGGUAUCAAUCUCUUCUUAGCUUCGA